AUGAUUCGUGAAAUACGUGAACGAGAAAUUCGAAUUUAUUCUGAUGCGGGACGAAUAUGUCGACCGUUAAUGAUUGUUGAAAAACAAAAAUUACUUUUGAGACAAAGACAUGUUGAUGCAUUGAAAGAAAGAGAAUAUACAAGAUUUGGAUGGCAAAAUUUAGUUGCCGAAGGUGUUGUUGAAUACAUCGAUUGUUUGGAAGAAGAAACGAGUAUGAUUGCAAUGACACCCGAAGAUCUAUUAGCAAAGGAUAAUCCAUAUUGUUCAACUUAUACACAUUGUGAAAUUCAUCCAUCAAUGAUAUUAGGUGUUUGUGCCAGUAUUGUUCCAUUUCCUGAUCAUAAUCAAUCACCCCGUAAUACAUAUCAAAGUGCUAUGGGUAAACAAGCAAUGGGUGUUUAUAUAACAAAUUUUCAUGUUCGAAUGGAUACAUUAGCUCAUGUUUUAUUUUAUCCACAAAAACCGCUCGCAGCCACUAGAGCCAUGGAGUAUUUGAGAUUUCGAGAAUUACCAGCAGGAAUAAAUGCUAUCGUUGCGAUUGCAUCGGUAUUUUGGCGUUCAUAUCGUGAAUCUGAAACACAACGUGGCGCUGAUCAUAAAGAAACAGUUGAAAAGCCCGAACGAACGUCUUGUGUAGGAAUGAGACAUGCGAUUUAUGACAAAUUGGAUGAUGAUGGAAUUAUAGCGCCAGGCAUUCGAGUAUCCGGAGAUGAUGUACUUAUUGGAAAAACCGUUACAUUACCUGAUACCGAAGAUGAGCUCAAUAGUAAAAAUAAACGUUUCAUUAAAAAAGAUGCCAGUGUAUUUAUGCGUCAAAGUGAAACGGGAAUUGUUGAUCAGGUAUUAUUAUCGAUUAAUGAUGAAGGUUAUAAAUUUGUUAAAGUUCGAAUUCGUAAUGUUAAAAUUCCACAAAUUGGUGAUAAAUUUGCUAGUCGACAUGGUCAAAAAGGAACAUGUGGAAUAUUAUACAGAAUGGAAGACAUGCCAUUUACUAGUGAAGGUAUCACUCCUGAUCUAAUCAUUAAUCCACACGCUAUUCCAUCUCGUAUGACUGUUGGUCAUUUAAUUGAGUGUCUUCAAAGUAAAGUGGCAGCAAAUAAAGGUGAAAUUGGUGAUGCUACACCAUUCAAUGAUAAUGUUAAUGUUAAACAUAUGUCAGAAAUGUUACAAGAAUAUGGUUAUCAAUUGCGAGGAAACGAGGUGAUGUAUAACGGAUUUACUGGUAGAAAAAUGAAUUGUCAGAUAUUUUUGGGACCAACAUAUUAUCAACGAUUAAAACAUAUGGUUGAUGAUAAAAUACAUUCGAGAGCAAGAGGACCAGUACAAAUUUUGAAUCGACAACCGAUGGAAGGUAGAUCAAGAGAUGGUGGUUUACGUUUUGGUGAAAUGGAACGUGAUUGUCAAAUAUCACAUGGUGCCGCUCAAUUUCUUAAAGAACGUUUAUUUGAAGUAUCUGAUCCUUAUCGUGUACAUGUUUGUAAUAUUUGUGGACUCGUUGCCGUAGCAAAUUUAGCAGAGAAAACUUAUUCUUGUAAAGCGUGUUCAAAUACAACACAAAUCUCACAAGUGCGUUUACCCUAUGCGUGUAAAUUAUUAUUUCAAGAACUUAUAUCAAUGGGUAUCGCUCCAAGAAUGUUAGUCGAUUAA